GUUGGACCCGACCAAGAGGGAAUACGAGCUAUGCUAUAAAAGGGCGCAAAUUUUCGCCAUCGGAAGCGUUUCUGGAAGCCCAGAAGUGAAAGCCCUAGUUCUCUUCCUCACAGGCCGCUCAAUAUUUUCCAUCCGAUCUUCUCCCUCCCUCAUAUAUCAGAUCCCACUUCGGUAGUUUGGAGGAACACUGGAAGUUUUUGGUAUAUUGAGGCGUGGGUCUUUUCGAUCUUUGGAAUUGUAUUUUCUUCACAUAAGAUGUACUUCCGGUCAUCAUCAUACCAAAAUGCAGGUGUUGUGCGUUUUUUUUUAUAUAAAUGGACACCAAGAAAUUCAUUCAACUGGUCGAGGAGAAGAAGAAAAGAGCUUUGGAGAAGAAGGAAGCCCCUUUGAAAUGGGAACAGAAACUAGAAGCUGCUGCCAAGGCAAAGGCUGAUGCUGAAGCCAAAGAGAGGAAAAUAAAAGCUGUAAAGCAUAAAAGAAGAUCUGCUUUGGAAUCUGAUAGUGACAAUGACACUGAUGCUGACAGCAGUGAUGGGGGAAGGAAGUCUAGUAAAAGAAGCCACAAGAAAUAUAGGAAGGAUUCCCACUCAGACUCAGGUGAUAAUGAGAAGAGAAAGGAGAAAAAGUACAAGCGAAAGCCGAAGAGAAGAUCUUCCAGCUCCAGUGAUGAUGAUAGUGAUGAAGAGUGCUUAUUUGAAGGAGAUAAGAAAAGGAAGAAGCGAAACCAUAAAAAGCACAGGCAUCAUGAUUCAAGGUCAGAUUCCAGUUCUGAUUUUUCAAGUGGUGAGGAUGAUGAAACAGCGAAGAGGAGAAUUCAUGCAAGGCGACACAGACGCCACCAGAGAUCAGAUUCUAGUGCUCCUAACUCUUCCAGUGAUGAGGAUAAUAUCAGAACUAGAAAGAGAAGUCAUGCCAAGCGCCACAAACACUACCGGCGGUCAGAUUCUGGCUCUUCAGAUUUGUCAAGUUAUGAGGAUGAUGGUGCAUUUAGGAGGAGAAGCCAUACGAGACGUCAUAAACAUCAUCGACGAGAACGUAGUGUUGAUUCAAGUCCAUCAGAUUCUGACUGCCACAAGCAUGAUAGGUGGAGCCAAUCUUUAGGCAAGUCAUCAGAUGACAACCAUGAAGAACAAGGUAAACCGUCAAGGCACAAGAGACAUGGUUACCAUCAUUAUGGUCAUCACAAACAACUGCAUCAUCACUUGGAUGAGGAGGAAAAUCUCUCGCACCAGCAUUCAGCUGAACCAAACCGAAAGUUCAUGGAGGGAGGAGGGGACAGAAAAACAACUGAUAAAAGCACAAAUGAUAAUGAAGAUGGACAGCGUCUGUAAGGGAGUCUUGUUGAUGUGGGUUUAUUGAUUCAUCAUAUUGGUCAUGUUUGCUCUGCGUUGUUGUCUCGGUUGAUGGGAGCGCUAUUCCAAACUGAAAUUAUGAACAAUUGUUGUGAUUUUUACCGUAACUUGUUAUUCAAAUCAGGACUAACCGGUUUUUUA